AAUACAAGCUCAUAAUUUUAAGUGUAUUGUUGAACAAUGGAAGGCAAAGGUGUGAUUUUAAGUGUGCUCAUAAUGAGUCUGGUCCUGGUGCAAAUUCAAGUAGAAGCAAGAGUCUGCUGCCCAUCCCAAUCAAGUAGAAAUGCCUUUAACAUAUGCCGUCUUCAGAUACCCAAGUCAAUUUGUCUACCCGCUAGCGGAUGCAUAGAAGUUUCCGGAAAUGUCUGCCCUUCAGGAUAUCCCAACGACAUUCUCGAAAACUCUGGUAAUAAUGUCAACGAAUACUGCAAGUUGGGGUGUACAUCCUCGGUGUGUGGUGCCAUGACCACUGUCCAUAACUCGGGUGCAAGUGAAGUUGUGAAUGAAGCGUUUGAACAGUGUGCCAAAGCAUGUGCUACUUUCUGCAACAAGGGCUCUAUUAAGCCUGAAGCUGAAACUGCCUAAAGAAGCAUAUCUACGAAGGGGAGUAUCACAUCCAAGCGUUUGUUGGUCUUGUAUGAAAUGUGCUAAAAAUGCUAGACUUUGUACUGCUAGUAUUUUAAUGAGUUGUUUCUGGUUUGUGUAUGCUUUUAGAAGGUUAACGAUCCUAGAUUGUAUACGCCUUCUACUUGCUAUCAUCUAAAUAAAUGAAUAAUGUGUGGGCUUUUUUACCGUACAUAUUUAUCGAAACCA